AUGGGAUCUCCGGCGAUAGCCUCCGCAGCAGGCGUGGCCAUGCGGCCGACCGCCGGCCGGUUUCUCACCCAUACUCAACGUCAGCUCCGUGCUACCUCGGCCGCCGUGGCUGCACCCCAGUCUACAAGACCGAUACCUGGGGCGUGUUUCAUCCAUACAUCACGGCAGUCUUUCAGCUGGCAAACCAGUCACGGGGCUCUUGAAUUCCGUCACGGACAAUCUUCAUCAAAUACACUUACCACCACAGAUCGCCGUCUGAACUCCACAUCUACCACGACUAAAACAACCAUUCCGAACUCCGUCGCCCAAAAACCACAGACAUCGUCUUUCGUAAGCCCUCGUUAUCUACCUCUUCUUGUCCUUCUCGCAAUAGGUGGCGUCGCUUGGGAUUCCCAAUGGCUCUUCCCCUCCACGCCCACCUCCAACGACCCAGCCGAGCAGACCAUCCUCGGGUCCGCCCGCAAGUUCAUCCCAUUCGCGGUCGUCGCCCGCGAACAGGUCUCCCCAACCUCUUUUAUCCUGACCCUCAAGGCACCCAAAAGCAACCUCCCCAGCGUCGCCUCUCUGUGGGAGAUCUUUGACCUGUGGUGUAUCGAGGUGAAGCAGCCUCAGAUCCAGGUUGCGAGAGAAUACACGCCCCUCCCACCGUCACCAGGGUCCGAAGGGGGGGAUACCCUGAGGUUCUAUGUUCGUGCGGUGCGAGGUGGCGAGGUUUCGACGUAUCUCAGUCGUCUGUCCCCACCUUCUGCCGAUGGAGGUGUAGGAGACACCGUCGAGCUCCGCGGUCCGCAUGGAGAGUUUGAUCUAAGCUCACGUCUGGGGCAACGAGGCGACCGCGUCGUGUUCCUCGCAGGCGGGACGGGAAUCGCCAGCGCGCUGCAGGCCGCGCACGCUGUGCUCCCGCUCCCUGGGGCGCCGUCCAUGACGAUCUUCUGGGCUGUCCGAAGCCGUGACGAGGUCCAGCAGGGUGGUGAGGCGCUGCGGACGAAGCCGCCUCAGACGGCGCCAUGGUGGAGUUGGAACCCCUUUUCCAAACGCCCGGCAGAUAACUUUGGUUCCGACAUCCGGGCUGAAGCGCUGACAGCGGAGGCCAAGGACCCUUCGCCCGUAAGCAGGGAACUCCUCGCAUUGAAGGAGAAGUUUGGCGAUAGACUCGACAUCCGCGUCGUGAUCGACCAAGAGGGCACUACCGUUCGUGACUCGGAUCUGGCUGCGGCUCUAACGCAACCUGGUUCCAAAAGACUCAGUGACCCCUCCCUGCCCUCGACGCACGCCGUCGAGGGCUGCAAGUUCCACUCGCAGACCGCGCAUAUUGGCAUGGUGGACGGCGCCCCGAACGCCGGGAAGCGAAGUCUGUUCAAGCCCGACGACUGUGCGUGUACCUCCGGGAAGGCCGCGCCGGGGAAGAACGUGUUUGUGGUUUCUGGGCCCGAGGGCUUCGUUCAGGCCUAUGCGGGAGCCAAGCUUUGGCGGGACGGUGGGCAGUUGCAGGGUCCUGUUGGCGGGAUGCUGGGCGCAUUGCAUAGGAAAAGCCCCGAGAUCCUGAAGGACUGGGUCGUCCUCAAGCUGUAA